UUGUAAAUAUUUUGUAAACUUGGGGUAAAUUAAUCGAUCCAUUUUUAAUAUGGAAUAUUCCGUGUGUGUAUACCUAUAUCUAAAAAUCCUGCAUCAAUUUAAUUUCGAUCAAAUGUGUAGACCGUGGUAGUGGAGCCGGAUAUUGCGAUGAUAUGGUCUGUCUAGGAACUACCUAGAGCUAGGUCGAUUAGGACAGUCUAGGACAAGGAUGGCUGUCCCGUCAACAACUUUGUCAACGCGAAACAAAAAGCAUUUUCUUGGCGUACCAGCUCCUUUGGGAUAUGUCGCUGGUGUUGGCAGAGGGGCAACAGGAUUUACCACUCGUUCUGAUAUCGGACCUGCCCGAGACGCCAAUGACGUAUCUGAUGACAGGCAUGCCCCACCAAUAAAACGGGCUAAGAAGAAAGAAGAGGAAGAAGAAGACGAAGAAGAUCUCAAUGACUCUAAUUAUGACGAAUUUUCUGGCUAUGGAGGAUCAUUGUUUAGCAAAGAUCCAUAUGAUAAAGAUGAUGAAGAAGCUGAUGCCAUAUAUGAGGCAAUAGACAAACGAAUGGAUGAAAAGCGCAAGGAUUACAGAGAAAGAAGGUUGCGUGAAGAAUUGGAAAGAUACCGACAAGAGAGGCCAAAAAUUCAGCAGCAAUUUUCUGAUCUUAAGCGAGAGUUAACAAAUGUUUCUGAAAAUGAUUGGAAAAAUAUUCCAGAAGUAGGAGAUGCCAGGAACAGAAAACAAAGAAAUCCAAGAGCAGAAAAAUUUACUCCUUUACCCGAUUCUGUACUAGCACGCAAUUUAGGUGGCGAGAGUGCAACUAGCAUUAAUCCAUCAAGUGGUCUUGCAUCGAUGCUGCCUGGGGUAACCACCCCUGGAAUGCUGACACCCACAGGAGACUUGGAUUUAAGAAAAAUUGGACAAGCAAGAAAUAAUUUGAUGAAUGUUAAAUUGAGUCAGGUCUCAGACUCUGUUAGUGGUCAAACUGUUGUAGAUCCCAAAGGAUACCUCACUGAUCUGCAAAGUAUGAUCCCUUCUUACGGUGGAGAUAUCAAUGACAUCAAAAAAGCAAGGUUGCUUCUCAAAUCUGUCAGAGAAACAAAUCCGAAUCAUCCACCAGCUUGGAUUGCAUCAGCUAGAUUGGAAGAAGUAGUUGGUAAAGUACAAGCUGCAAGGAACUUGAUCAUGAAAGGUUGUGAAGUAAAUCCGUCAUCGGAAGAUUUGUGGCUUGAAGCGGCCAGGUUACAGCCACCUGACACUGCAAAGGUAGUCAUUGCUCAAGCUGUGAGACACAUUGCAACUUCUGUAAGAAUAUGGAUUAAAGCAGCAGACCUAGAAACAGAAUUAAAAGCUAAAAAAAAAGUGUACCGCAAAGCCUUAGAACACAUUCCUAAUUCAGUGCGUUUGUGGAAAGCAAUUGUAGAGUUGGAGGAUCCCGAAGAGGCUCGUAUACUUUUAAGCCGUGCUGUUGAAUGUUGUCCCACAAACGUUGACUUGUGGUUAGCUCUUGCUAGACUCGAGACUUAUGAUAAUGCGAGAAAAGUACUAAACAAAGCCAGAGAAAACAUACCUACCGAUCGUCAAAUUUGGACAACUGCUGCCAAAUUGGAAGAAGCUAAUGGAAAUAAGAGUAUGGUUGAGAAAAUGAUAGACAGGGCUAUCUCUUCGCUAAGUGCUAAUGGAGUUGAAAUAAAUAGAGAGCACUGGUUUAAGGAAGCAAUGGAAGCUGAAAAGGCAGGGGCCGUUCACACGUGUGAAGUCAUUAUCAAAUCAAUCAUCGGACAUGGAGUUGAAAAAGAAGACAGGAAACACAUGUGGAUGGAAGAUGCCGAUACUUGUGCUCAACAAGGUGCCCUUGUAUGCGCAAAAGCAGUCUAUGCCUAUGCAUUGAAUGUAUUUCCAAGCAAAAAAUCAAUUUGGCUACGGGCAGCGUAUUUUGAAAAAAGUUAUGGAACAAGGGAGUCCUUGGAAAGCUUGUUGCAAAGAGCUGUCUUUCACUGUCCAAAGAGUGAAGUCUUGUGGCUCAUGGGGGCUAAAUCGAAGUGGCAAGCUGGUGAUGUGCCAGCUGCUAGGGGUAUUCUAUCCCUGGCCUUCCAAGCUAAUCCUAACUCUGAGGACAUUUGGCUGGCUGCUGUCAAACUUGAGUCUGAAAAUUUUGAAAAUGAAAGAGCAAGACGUUUACUGGCCAAAGCUAGAGCAUCUGCUCCUACUCCAAGAGUCAUGAUGAAAAGUGCUAAACUAGAAUGGGCCCUAGAUAAUUUUAAUGAAGCCUUGCAAUUACUUGAUGAAGCUCUAGAAAAUUUCGAUGACUUUCCAAAACUAUGGAUGAUGAAGGGUCAAAUUGAAGAACAACAAGGACAUUUGGAUAAAGCUAUAGAUACAUAUAACCAAGGGCUAAAGAAAUGCCCUACAUCAAUACCACUGUGGCGAUUAUUAGCUCAUUUAGAAAUCAAAAGAAAUCAGUAUACGAAAGCUCGUUCAGUGUUGGAAAAAGCGCGUCUGCGAAAUCCUAAAAAUGCUGAAAUUUGGUUGGAAGCAGUUAGAAACGAAAUAAAAUCUGUUAAAAAUAGGGACAUGGCGAAUAGUUUGAUAGCAAAAGCUCUUCAAGAAUGUCCGAACUCCGGCUUGUUAUGGGCUGAAGCUAUUUUUAUGGAGCCACGACCUCAGAGAAGAACGAAGAGCAUUGAUGCUUUGAAAAAAUGUGAACAUGAUCCCCAUGUACUACUCGCAAUUUCAAAGAUGAUGUGGUGCGAUCCCAACAAAGUUAACAAAUGUAGAGAAUGGUUCAACAAGACAAUCAAAAUUGAUUCUGACUUUGGUGAUGCAUGGGCAUAUUUUUACAAGUUUGAACUACUAAAUGGGACUACAGAUAAUCAAGAGGAAACUAAAAAAAGAUGUAUUGCAGCUGAACCUCAUCACGGUGAAAAUUGGUGUAAAGUAUCCAAAAAUAUUGCAAACUGGCGCCUUAGUAUUGGCGAAAUCUUGGAAUUAGUUGCUAAAGACUUACCUGUUCCCAUAUAG